GUGUUGUCCGCCAUAAAACCCACAGAAGAAGAAGACACUUUCCCCUCAUCGGAUCAUUGUUUACAUCAAACGGAGAGUUACAGAGGAAGUAUCUUUAAUAAGGUUGGAUGAAAUGGAUUGUAAUCUUAUUGCUACAUCUGGGAAGUUGUAAGAAGAAUGGAAAAGUGAAUUGAAAACAUUAUACAGUUCUAUCUCUGCAGUCAUCUACCUAUGAUACCCGUAGCAUUGGUUUGGUAUCGGUAACUACCGGUACAAUCAGCGGCCACUUGUCUGCAUUUUCAAUAGUAUUUUUACAAUCGUAGCUAUUUUAAUGCAUACUAUCGCUUAUAUUCGUGCUUUGUUGUAUGUUGUAAGACGUCUGUGAAGUUGUGAAAUAGUGUUUACGUGAUGCAGGCUACAGUUCAGUAACUUUAGCAUGUUACUGUACAGUAGUUUAUUUUCGGUUCCAGUGUAUAACAGUUUUAUUCAACAUGUAUCAGUCAUGGAUUAGUUUAUACAUGUAUAAUGUUAUCUAGUUUAAUGGCGUAGAAGUCGUGAUUUUUCUGUUACGUACGUCUCUUGGAGGAGGGAACGCAACACCCUGCUACAACUCAACUCCCCGUGGAGUGAAAAAGGUAUGUGAUCGUAGGUGCGGGGAAGGACGGCAUCGAAAAAUACCGUUUACAGGGAAUCUAAUUCUUCCUUAAACACGUUAAGUUGGGUUAACUGGGCUGGGCCGAACCAAAGCAAAGAAAGUAAAAGUCCCCUCUCCUACCUUACCUGCCUUCCCACAGCUUACCUAACCUUUAGCACCUACUGGCGGCUAACCAAAAUACAGGAGGUGAUCCGCCCAGGUCUUACCUAGUGUGCAUAGACGGAUUCAAUACUACGGGUUAUGUAUGCCCGCAGGCCUCUUGCCUAAACACUCCCAAGGUGCCUUGCCCUUCCCCUCUGGGAACAAAUGAAACAGAAUAAUUCAAACUUAGUGAACAAUUUCAAUAACCCCAAAACACUCAGUCCUAUGGCAUACACAUACCUCUGCAGGAGAGGCUACACAAUACUUUCAACAACUUUUACAGACCAACAGCCAACACAGGACGCCAUUUCCUGAAAUACACACAAACCCACAACAACACAGAAACUGUGGAAUGUAACAUUUGCCUUGCAUUUCAAUCUACACAUGAAUAUGGUUCUGCAAUGUAUUGCAAUGUUAGGUAGGCUAUUCAAUUCCCUUGGCAUUCUGCAAGCAUGAAUACUUUACAAUAAUGGAAGAUAUGCAUUGUGUUAAUCUUACUAUUUGUCCAUGUAUUGAAUGAUACACAGCUUUCCAUAAAUGCAGUGUGGACUUUUUACAGAUGAAACCCCUUCCAUUAUGACACUCCCUUCCUGUAUCUGUCAUAAAGGCCUGUGCAUUCUUUGUCCUUUAGUUACACAACUAAAUCUAGUAUCUGUCACUUACCUUUCAUGCUGUAGAUCUGCUGUCAUGGUGCUGAGAAUGCUUAGUACUGUAUCUGUCACUUAUGUAUUCUCUGUAUGUAUUAGGUAUGAACCCUUGGACAUACAGGUACCUCCAGCGUUCCCUCCUGCCUCACGUUCGGCCCCUGUCCCUGGUGAUCUACCCCAGACCCUCUUGUAUCCAUCCCAGUCUUCUGAACUUGCCCCAGUGGGGUGAAGACCAGAAGAGGGUGAUGUCCUUCCUGCCUCUCUCUCUCUCUCUCUCCCUUAAAUGCAGCUGGUGAUUCCAGAGAGCCGGCGGGCAUCUCUCAACAAGAAGCAGCAGUGGAUUGACCGGAUGCUGUUUACCAGGAGCCUCCUACAGAGCUCACAGUCCAUCACUGUCCUUUCCCUGGUGGGGUGAAGACCAGAAGAGGGUGAUGUCCUUCCUGCCUCAGAAUGUGCUGGGUGAAGAAGUUCAGUGAUGUUCCACAGUGCAAGAGUUUCUUCCUGAAGGGGACAACUCCAAAUCUCCCAGGUAUUUUGGUUGAUGGGAAAGUCCAGGACCAGAACCGCUACAAGCCGAUCUGCCAGUUGUUUAAAUACAAGAAGAAAACGGAAGUUAACAACAUCUACAGGUUUGCAACUCUCUACGAUACGACCAACAGGAUCCCUGUGUUCUCAGCCUACACCUUCACUGGUCCUCCUACAGACCGCAGACCAAAUCAACGUUGGAUGAUCGAGCCCCAGCUUGAAGAUAAACAUUACACACGUGACAUGAUGGUGGCAGGUAGACGUCUAAGAGUCGAGCACCAGGCUACGAACGCAGACUACAAGGAAAGAGGCUUCAACCGAGGCAGAUGGAGUAAAAUUGAGUGCAAAGUCAGAGAAUAUCUUGUGAAGAACUGUAAGGAAGCUGAAGACCAGAUUAAAGCCUAUGUGGUGACUGGAGCAGUGCCCAGCAACAACAAACUGAACAAACGAGUGAACAUCCCGGAUCUUCUGUGGACAGCCUACUGCUGUAAAAACAAACUGGGAGAGUGGGUGGCCGGAGCAUACUGGGGGAAGAACGUAAAGGGGGAAACAGUGAAUUCAAAUACCUUGGGAGUUCUCGAAAAAGAAUUGACGAGUUUCUACAAGGACUUCAAGGUAUUCCCAUAUUAUUGCCCAAGAAAAGCUAUUCAAAGUGUAGAACAGGAUGAGACAGGGAGGAACAGAGAGAGAGUAUUAGAGGGUGGGGCGGGGCAAAAGAGGAGCGGGAAAGGGAGCAGAGAGAGGAGCAUGAAGAUGGCGAGAAGAACAGGGGAUGAGUUAAAGGAAUGUGAUGAGGAGGAUGGAUGUGAUUGUGACUGUGAUGAAAAAUGAUGAGUUUUGUCCAGUGGUAAUUCCCACAACUAUUGAGUACACAUCCCCUAAGUUAUAAGGGUUAUAAGUGUUAAGUAAUAAUGGUUAUAAGGGGUAAGUAAUAAGUGUUAUAAGCCAUGGUUAAAAUGGUUAUAAUAAGGGUUAAAAUGGUUAUAAUAAGGGUUAUAAUGGUUAUAAUAAGGGUUAUAAUGGUUAUAAUUAAACAAGUUUAAGGGUUAUAAACAUUAAAGACAAGCUCUGUUACUUUGGCGACUAAGAAAGUAUAUUUUAAACCUCCCACUUUGUGCUUGAUGUAUCAAUGUGUCGUUCAUACAAAUAGAAUCUAUGAGCAGAAUUACUGUUUCCCUACAUUUCACCCCCCCCUAGCAAAUUGAGUCUUAGCCAAUGAGCAUCAGCCCCUCACAUGUGAGUGAAAACUAGUUGUGGUGGCAGAAUUUGUGUUGAACUGUUGUAACUUCUCAAGGAACAUGUUCUGUGUUGGACUGUGAUGUCAUGCCUUUCAUAGAGUCCUGGUGUGUCUGUACCUUAAACACAAGGCCAUUGUGUUCUGGAACUGUUGCUGGUAUAAAUAACUGUAACAAUCUGAUGGUAUUAUCACCUCCCACUAUAUAAGGGACAUGGAACCAUUUACUCAGGGGGUUCUUCCCUGUGAAAUCACAAUCAUCUCCUCUGCAGCUGCUUGAUUAAAGAUCUUUCUAUUCAAUUAAAAA